CUGACACUUUCCAACAGUUGGAAUCGAAAGUAGGAGAUUUACGUGUGAACCUCGAGAAAAAUGCCCUGCAGGAACUGGAUUUGCGAGUAUUUAAGCCACUUGGCCAACGACUAGUACGACUGUAUCUCUCUUUUUGAAACCCACCUCUGAGUAAGCUUCAUGACACUCAGGAAAGCGAAUUCCGCUUUGAAUUUGCCGCUCUGAACGAACUUUGGCUAGAUGAAAACAAUAUCACAUGGAUGCCACCCGAAAUUAUACAAACUAUGCCACAACUGUAUCGGCUGGCUCUUCCUGGAAACAAGCUAUGUGAUGUCGACGACUGUUCGUGCUGCGAGAUCGAGCCGUUUCUGCAAAUGAUAGCGCAUGCACCAGUUGGCUUAAAUCGCUCCUUGAACGCGAGCUUUAAAUGCGGCUCUACGGAUUAUAAAAGCAAGGACUUCACCCACUAUAAGCUUUUUCCACCGCACUUUCCGUCUUGUCAGAAAUGUACACCCCCGGAUCCUUUGGAUAUCCAGUGCAGGAAAGGAUCCAUCUCAUCGUUUGACAUGUACCUGGAAGUCACAGACGCUCUGCUGAUCCGUUUCACGGGCGAUACUUCGACGCGCUGUAACGCCGUCUUUCACGACUUGUAUUACCAGAUUCUGGAACUGGGUAACAUGUCGCAAGACGCGCAGCCACAACCGGGCUCUUCCGCUGCGGUAACGUUAUACUGUCGCGGUAAUUGGAUUUCGGUAUGGGGUCCAGAUCCCCAAGUUAUUAAUCCGCUAAAGGUCAUUGUUGAUACGGAUUUCACUCCAUCAUGCCACGAUAUACGCACGAAGUUUCUACAAUUCAUUCGAAACGAGUAUUUCACCGAUCAUGCCCCCCGCGCAGUGUCUCUGCCAGUAAUUCCCAUCAAGUCGUGGAUCGAAAAAUAUUUAGCAUGUCCGCUGGGUGCUCCCUUAUUUGUGAGAUGCAUAAAAGGAGCGGUGAUCUAUUCUCAACGACUGCAGAACCAAACGAGAUCAACCGUUCUCAAGAUUCGUGGCGAUUCGUCACUUCGGUGUCGCGAAUUCGUUAGCAACUGUCACAAUUACUUAAUCCAGAAAGAAGGAUCGAAUGUGCAGGAUGAUGAAAUGUACAGCAAUUCUCAGGAGUCCAUUGUCGCUGUCUGCCAACGCGGACGAACUAUCCUGUCUGAGUCGAGUCCAGAAAGCUCAUUGAAACUGCAUUUAACGUACUAUUCAGUGCCAAAUAAUCCUUGCCAGCAAAAGUACCGAGAUUUCCUCAACUUUAUCGAAAAACUGAAAUUAGGUUUAACCAACAUAGUAUCUUGCCGAAUGACUAUGCAGAAUUGACGAUAUUGUCCGCUCUGUUUUUAAUAGCAACUGGUGGUGCGCUUCUCUAACUUUCCACAAAUGAGGCUUUCCCACAACA